AUAUAUAAGAGGCUGUGGGGCAAGAAGUUUUUCAUACUCCAGUAAAUCACUAUCACUCCCCUUGAAACAAACCUAGAAGAUCCUUCCACUGACACCAUGGUCAACUCCUGUUGUGGUUCAGUCUGCUCUGACCUGAGCUGUGGCCAGGACCUCUGUCAAGAGACCUGCUGUGCUCCCAGCUGCUGCAGACCCAGCUGCUGCCAGUCUGUGUGCUGCCAACCAAGCUGCUGCCAGACCACUUGCUGCCGCCCAACUUGCUGCCGCCCAACUUGCUGUGUGUCCAGCUGCUGCCAGCCCUGCUGCCGCCCCACCUGUUGCCGGCCAGUCUGUUGCCAGACCACUUGCUGCAGAACUACCUGCUGCCGCCCCAGCUGCUGUGUGUCCAGCUGCUGUAGACCAAGCUUCUGCCAGUCUGUUUGCUGCCAACCUACUUGCUGUCGCCCUUCUUGCUGCCAGACCACUUGUUGCCGCCCAACUUGCUGCCGCCCUAGUUGCUGUGUGUCCAGCUGCUGCCGGCCUUGCUGCCGUCCCAGCUGCUGUGUGUCCAGCUGCUGCCAGCCCUGCUGCAGACCUACUUGCUGUCAGACCACCUGCUGUAGAACCACCUGUUGUCGCCCAGCCUGCUGUGGCUCCUCCUGUUGCUGA